CUCUACCGCGCCGGCUGGACGGGCACCUACGAGGCCCUGUUGAGUGACAUCACCAUCUGGGACUGGCGCCAGCACGCCUGGAACAAACACGCGCGGCCGCGGCUCGCCGGGUGGCGGCUAUCAAGCAGGUGGCACCCCGGAUGGGACCAGGCCGGGGCGUGA